CCUCCUCCCCCUUCUCCUCCCCGUGGGACCAGGAGCUGCCAGCCUCCCGCACGCGCUCUCCCGCACCGUAGCAGGAGCACCCGCCGCCUCUCCGAGCCUUCUGCGGCGGCGGACCUCGGCUCCCUUCCCCUGUCCUCGGGCAUCUCCUUCCCCUCCUCCCCGGCAUCCUCCACCGGCCUCCGGCCCCAGGCUCUCCCGCAGCCCCCCGCCCACGCCUCCACCGCGCCGAUCCUCCGGUCCCGGAGGCUUUCGCGAAGAGCUCGCCCCUGCCUGCUCCCCUUCCUCCGGCCACUUCUCUCCCGAGUUGCGCCGUGCCCCAUGGCCCUGGCCGAGGGACGUCUGCGGGACGCCGACGGACUGGGCAGCGCGACUCAGUGAGAUCCCCGUUGCCAGAUAUAUGUGCCGAGGACCAGGAGGAGCUGUGUGAAGGCAUUUCUAUGCGGCAGUUGCUUCAUGACCCCUCCUCCAGCUGAGUGAAGCUAGACCAGCGUCCACCAUGACGACACUCGUUCUGGGAGCAAUGCUGCUCAUCCUCCGGCCCCAGCUAGUGCCUUCUCAUCCCGCCGCCAGCUCCCAAGUCGAAGCCCCCUCCGAAGCCGGGCAGAAAGAGCUGCUAAGGAAAGGCUCUCUCCAAAGCGACUUCCAAGACGGGGCUCCUUUGAACGGGUCCAGCCAGCGGCUGCCCCAGACGAUCAUCAUCGGCGUGAGGAAAGGCGGUACCCGAGCCCUGCUGGAGAUGCUCAGUCUGCACCCGGGGAUAGCGGCUGCUGAAAGUGAAGUCCAUUUUUUUGACUGGGAAGAUCACUAUGGAAACGGCCUGGAAUGGUACCUCAGUCAGAUGCCCUACUCUUCCCCUCAUCAGCUCACCGUAGAAAAGACCCCCGCCUACUUCACUUCGUCCAAAGUGCCUGAGAGAGUUUAUAACAUGAACCCCUCCAUCAGACUGCUCCUGAUCUUGCGAGACCCCAGCGAGCGAGUUCUGUCGGACUAUACUCAAGUGUUUUAUAACCACGUGCAAAAACACAAACCCUACCCGUCCAUCGAAGAAUUCCUCAUCAAAGACGGGGAGCUCAACGUGGAAUACAAGGCAAUAAACCGGAGCCUCUAUUACUUUCACAUGCAAAACUGGCUCCGGUACUUUCCACUCGAUCACAUUCACAUCGUGGAUGGGGAUCAGCUCAUUAGAGACCCUUUCCCAGAAAUCGAAAAAGUAGAGCGGUUCUUGAAGCUGGCUCCACAAAUCAAUGCUUCAAACUUCUAUUUUAAUAAAACAAAAGGCUUCUACUGCCUAAGGGACAGCGGCAGAGACCGGUGUUUACAUGAGUCAAAGGGAAGAGCACACCCUCAAGUGGAUCCCAAACUACUCAAUAAACUGCACGAAUACUUUCAUGAGCCAAAUAAGAAAUUCUUUGAGCUUGUGGGCAGAACAUUUGACUGGCACUAGACUCCCGAGCGAGGUUCUGAACCUUUCUACUCUUAAGUUCUGGUGUGUGUCUAGGAAAGACAAAAAUAUCGAUGAUAAUAUUAAUAAUAAUAACAAAGGGCAUUGAAGCUAUAAUUUAUUUGUAAAAAUCCAUAAAUUACUUAUGUACAGUAUUAGAUUCACAAUUGCCAUAUAUACUAGUUAUAUUUUUCUACUUGUUAAAUUGAAAGCAUUUUGUAUUGUUUUUCAUGGUUGUUAACAUGGUGUACGAUGUCUCUAUAUGAAGGAACUAAAAUAUUUCACUGCAUAAGAUUUGCUAGAGACCGCGUUGUCCUUCUCAGUACAAAAUCCAUUUGCCCCCGACACCUGAGGCAACCGGCAGUGCGAGACUGCAAUAUCCAGACCCCUUUAUCACUUUCCGAUGGAAAAUUGCUUGUGCAUUAUGUUUCUCAAUCUGUUUUUUUUUUUUCCUGCAGUUCUUUUAAUUUUUAAUGCCUCACUGUGGUCAUCAGAUUUCUUUGACUUGCCUCAUAAAAUAAUGUAUCUUGCCUGACAUGCCUUAUUAUUCGCAGAAGUAGCACUUUUUCCCAGACUGAAAUGAAAUUUGGCAAAUAUCUGAGUUUGGGUCUCAACCCUGUGUAAACUUUGUAUGGAUUACAGAGCAUCUCAUAAAAGCCGAACGCUUUGGGUCUGCGCUUCUUAACCUUUUCAAGUCAAUGCACCCUUUUGGCAGGCGACUGAAGCCUGGGGACCCUUCCUCGGAAUAAUGUUUUUAAAUACACAAAAUAAAAUAUAGAGGAUAUCCAAGGAAACCGA